AUGAGUAAAGAAAGAAGUGAAGUUGGAUCAAUAAAUAGUCAAAAUGAACAAGAAAAACCAGUAGAAGAGAAGCCAAAAGAAGCACAGCCAUCUGGUGAUGAGAAAAUGAAGCAAGUUCUUCGCCAAUUAUUCCAAGAUAAACAAGAUUUGAAGAAAAUGCUGGAAAAUGAAAUAAACGAACAUAAAUCAGAUGUUAAUCGCAUAAUGGAAGAGAGAGAUUCUAUUCAAGCAGAAUAUAAAAAGCUUGCCGAGUUGUUAGCAAAUCAACAACCAGUUUCAUCAGGUUCCACGCAACAACAAAACACUGAAGAUUUGAAAAACCAAAUCAAUGAUCUUAAUGGUCAAAUCAGAGCGUUGAAAAUCCAAUUAAAUGAUGCAAAUUUGAAUCAACAAGUACUACAAAAGCAAGUUGAUCAAUAUAAACUAACAGUUACUGGUUUAGAAGAAGAUUUAACUAAAGCAGAUUCCGAUAAAUAUCAAUUAGCUGUUACAAAAACACGAGUUUCGCAAUUAGAAGACGAACUAAGGCAAAAAACAAGGCAAAUUAAAGAACUCGAAACAGCAGCUAAGUGGAAUAACCACGAAUUACAGAAACUGAAAGGCCAGCUCACGCAAGCCGGUGCUAGAUCACAAAUUCUUGGUAUGGAAGUUGGACAAACAGUUUCAGUAGCUCCCAGGAAUUCUAUGCUUCCAUCUGCAGCUAGGAACACCUUCAAAGAGAUAGAGCAACGUGAACCAGAAAAUGAAAACGAAAUUACAGUUUUUAUUCAAGAAAUUCCUUCGAAAAUACGCACAUUAGAAGACGAAAGGAAUAGUCUCAAUCGUCAGCUGUCUGAAUUCAAGAGGAAAUUUUCAAAAGUCAAAGCUCAAUCAACAGCAAAAGCGAACGAAUUAUCACCAGAAAAAAUGGAAGAAACAAUUAAGAUAUUGGUAUUUAAGAAUGAAAAGAAGAAAGAGAUUAUUGAAAAUCUCAAGAGUAUUGCAGAAAGACAACACGCUGCAAUAUUGAAACUUAAAGCGGAAUCAGGCAAAAAAUAA